CCAUUUUGUGAGUUUUCAGAGACCAAGGGCGAUUCUAAGGCACGGCACGGACCUGCUUCUUCCUCCUGCACGCGAGGCAGACGACUAGGAGAGCUAACCCUUGUGCAUAUCGAGCGGGAGAUGUAGCAGGACGAGGCUGCGUUUGCUCGCCAAGCGAGGUGGGAGGGCCGGGAGGACAAUUAAAGAGCUUUGCAGACACAGAAAGGAGAAGAGCUGGCGACAGAGCGUGUCGUGGACGCAGGGAUUGUCCUCAAAUUCGCCAGGAUUCCGUGCCGGGGCAGCUUUAGCUGCACUGGUGCAUCCGGCUUGAGAAGUCCCCAGGCGCGCUUGUAUGAGGACGGAAGGACGGAAGGAACACGACUGUGAAUCUGUACUAGACUCCUUUGCUUGCAGCUGCGGGGAUGCAGCUCGAGUGAUAUUUUUGCGGCUGGUACCACGUUAAGAAUUGAGGCUAAGCCCUAACCCUUCUCUGCCCUCCUUCCUUCCUUCUCUUCCUCUUCUCCCCCCCCCCGUCUGUCUAUCUUUCUGUCUAUCUGUCUAUCUAUGUAUCCAUAAUAUAAUAUUUUUAAAAAACCAACAAAAAACAAUCGGGCCAUUUAAAGUUGCUGCUGGAGAGCUGCUCUCAUUGGUUGGGGGCAACUGAAGAAGCUGAGACUCGUACAGUGUGCAGCCUUCCAGUGCUGCUGGAGUUGUCUGUGCUGCAGCUGUAGAAACGUGACUUCCAACGUUUAGGAAAAGCCCGAGCUGCUUCUCCUAAUCCAUUUUCCUUUUCCAAGAUGUAAACUACACCUCGGACACUACGGGCCUACUGAUUGCUUUGGUGAUUUGGAAAAGAGGAAAAGGGGACAUCAAGGGCGUCUUUUUUUGUGUGUAUGUGUUUAGGGCGUAAAAUUUCCAUUAUGAAUGUUUCUCUAAAGUGAUUUUUUUUGUUUGCUUUGCAUUCGUCUUUUUUUCUUUUUUGACCCCGUCACCCAACAUAUUUUGGAUUUAUUGAAAGAAGAAUUGCAUUGUGUGCGAAGAAAAUCGGAUUACAAGAAAAAAGGAUUUUUUUUCAAAUUGGUUGCGGCUUUUAAUUCAUGAAGCAAUUGUCCCCAUUUGCAAUCAGAAUCUGGAUAUCAGAAUGAGCAAAGAAAGACCCAAGAGGAAUAUAAUCCAAAAGAAAUACGAUGAUAGUGAUGGGAUUCCAUGGUCGGAAGAGAGGGUGGUACGAAAAGUCCUGUACUUAUCUCUGAAGGAAUUCAAGAAUGCGCAGAAGAGACAGCAUGGAGAUGGCAUUGAUGGAAGUCUCAAAGGAGUGAAUGGGCUCCUUAGUAAUGGCCAGUCUAAAGGAUUACGACCGGGGUCUGAACAGCUAGAGAAUGAGAAGGACGAUGCAUCGCAAGUGUCCUCGACUAGCAAUGAUAUUGGUUCUUCAGAUUUUGAAGAAGGGCCAUCAAGGAAAAGGCCAAGGCUGCAAGCACAACGAAAGUUUGCUCAGUCUCAGCCAAAUAGUCCCAGCACAACUCCAGUGAAGAUAGUGGAGCCAUUAUUGCCCCCUCCAGCUACACAGAUUUCUGACCUCUCUAAAAGGAAGCCCAAGACAGAAGAUUUCCUUACGUUUCUCUGCCUUCGAGGUUCUCCUGCCCUGCCCAGCAACAUGGUAUAUUUUGGAAGCUCUCAGGAUGAGGAGGAUGAAGAAGAAGAGGAGGAGGAAACAGAGGACACAAAGGUGACCACAAACAAUGCUUCAUCUUCAUGCCAUUCGACCCCCAGGAAAGGGAAAACUCAGAAGCAAGUUCCAAAUGGGCAUGUCUUCAAUGGUUCCAGCAAAUCAACAAAAGAGAGAGAACCUGUUCAGAAACACAAAAUCAAGGAGGCAACGCCAGCAAAGGAGAGAAACAGCGAACAUAGGUCCGAGAGUCGAAAAGACCAGGCUGCUGCUAACCACCAUCCCACAACAAACACAGGCUUCUCCACGAAAGGGCUCACUGCUAACAACCACCACACCCUUCAUCGAUCGGCUCAGGACUUAAGGAAACAGGUUUCAAAGGUCAAUGGUGUCACUCGAAUGUCAUCUCCGAGUGCAAACACAGCCAGUGCCAAAAAGAUGAGAGAAGUCAGACCUUCACCGUCCAAAACUGUGAAGUAUACUGCAACAGUGACAAAGGGAACUGUCACAUACACCAAAGCCAAGAAAGAACUGGUCAAGGAAACCAAACUAAAUCACCACAAACCCAGUUCACCUGUCAACCACACAAUCUCAGGGAAAAUGGAAAGUAGCAAUGCAAAAACCCGCAAACAGGUGCUAUCCCUUGGAGCGGCCAAGCCCAACACUACCGCUGUUAAUGGUGUCAAGGUCAAUGGCAAGUUGAACCAAAAGACAUGCACUAAGGAGGUCGGGAGGCAGUUGAGGGAGGGGCUACGCAAUUCGAAAAGGAGGCUGGAGGAGGCAAACCACAUAGACAAAACGCAGUCACCAACCAAGAAGAUAAAAGGGGCAGCCAAUGUGACUGAAGCCCCAAGUAAAAAGGCACCUGUGGAGAAGCCUUUGCUGAAUGGCCAUGUGAAAAAGCCUGGAAGUCAGGAAGUGCCACAGAAAAGUCUGGAGAGAAACAGGCCGAAGAGAGCCGCUGCUGGGAAGAACACGCCGGGGAAACAAGCACAUAGCAAAACUGAAAAUGCCUCCUGUGAAAAUCAUUCUACCUCUCAAACGGAGUCCUUGCACAAGCCACAUGACUCAACGGGGAAGCACGAGAAGGGGAGCAUCAAGUCUGGGUGGGCCGCGAUGGAGGAGAUUCCUAUCCUCAAGCCUUCUGCAAAGGAGUUCCAUGACCCGUUGAUAUACAUCGAGUCAAUCCGUGCUCAGGUAGAGAAGUAUGGGAUGUGCAGGGUGAUCCCGCCUCCUGACUGGAGACCUGAGUGCAAGCUGAAUGAAGAAAUGCGGUUUGUAACCCAGAUUCAGCACAUUCACAAGCUGGGCAGGCGCUGGGGGCCCAAUGUGCAGCGGCUGGCCUGUAUCAAGAAGCACCUCAAAUCUCAGGGCAUUACUAUGGAUGAGCUUCCACUCAUAGGAGGAUGCGAACUAGAUUUGGCCUGCUUUUUCCAGCUGAUCAAUGAAAUGGGGGGCAUGCAGCAAGUGACUGACCUCAAGAAAUGGAACAAGCUGGCAGACAUGCUGCGCAUCCCCAAAACUGCACAGGACAGGUUAGCAAAGCUGCAGGAAGCCUACUGCCAGUACUUGCUCUCCUAUGACUCCCUCUCUGCUGAGGACCACAUGAGACUGGAGAAGGAAGUCCUCUUUGAAAAAGAGGUCCUAGAAAAGCGGAAAGGCCCCCUGGAAGUACAUUCAGAUAACAACUAUGAAUUCCAGUCUCUGCCCCGCUACGAGCCCAAAAACGGACUCAUUAAUGGUGUGGUUCAUAAAAACGGCUUCCGGAACAAAGCAAAGGAAGUGGAAGUCCCACAGAAAACAGGCAGGCGGCGACUCUUCUCUCAGGAAAAAGAGACGGUGAAGGAAGAGGAGGAAGACAAAGGUGUUCUGAGUGACCUCCAUAAGUGUGUAUAUAAGGGAAGGUCUGUUUCUUUAACAACCUUCUACCGGACAGCAAGAAACGUCAUGAACAUGUGUUUCUGCAAGGAACCUAUGGCAGCUGAAAUAGAGCAAGAGUACUGGAGGUUAGUGGAACAGAAGGACUGGCAUGUAGCAGUGCACUGUGGGAAAGUGGAUACCAACACCCACGGGAGUGGCUUUCCUGUGGGAAAAUCAGAACCAUUUUCAAGGCAUGGGUGGAAUCUAACAGUCCUUCCUAAUAACACAGGAUCCAUUCUGCGACAUCUUGGUGCUGUGCCUGGAGUGACAAUUCCUUGGCUAAAUAUUGGCAUGGUCUUUUCUACCUCAUGCUGGUCUCGAGACCAAAAUCACCUUCCAUAUAUUGACUACUUACACACUGGUGCUGAUUGCAUAUGGUAUUGCAUUCCUGCUGCAGAGGAGAAAAAACUUGACAAAGUGGUACAUACCCUGCUGCAAGCCAAUGGCACUCCAGGGCUGGAAAUGCUUGAAAGUAACGUCAUGAUCUCCCCAGAGGUGUUGUGCAAAGAGGGGAUCAAGGUGCACCGUACUGUACAACAGAGUGGGCAGUUUGUUGUCUGCUUUCCAGGAUCUUUUGUGUCUAAAGUGUGCUGCGGCUACAACGUUUCUGAAACUGUGCACUUUGCUACCACCCAGUGGACAAGCAUGGGUUUUAAAACUGCCAAGGAAAUGAAGCGACGACAUAUACCCAAGCCAUUCUCAAUGGAAAAGCUGCUUUAUCAGAUUGCGACAGCAGAAGCGAAAAAAGAAAAUGGGUCUGCUCUGAGCACAAUAUCGGCACUUCUGGGAGAGCUCAGGGACACAGAACUGAGACAGCGGCGGCAGCUCUGCGAGGCAGGCCUCCAUUCUUCAGCCCGCUAUGGGAGCCAUGACAGCAGCAGCUCGGGAGUGGAUGGGAAGAAAAAGCCUCGAAAGUGGCAGUUAGAGACGUCCGAGAGGAGGUGUCAGAUUUGUCAGCACCUGUGUUACCUAUCAAUGGUUGUACAGGAAAAUGAAAAUGUUGUCUUCUGCCUGGAAUGUGCUCUGAGGCAUGUAGAAAAACAGAAGUCUUGUCGGGGACUGAAACUAAUGUAUCGUUACGAUGAGGAACAAAUAAUCAGUUUAGUCAAUCAAAUCUGUGGAAAAGUAUCUGGCAAAAAUGGCACCAUUGAGAACUGUAUCAGCAAGCCUACACCAAAAAGAGGACCUCGGAAGAGAGCAACAGUCGACGUGCCAUCAUCAAGACUUUCAUCCUCCGGUUCAUCCAAAAGUGCUUCAAGUUAAUCAUGAAGAUGCCAACACACACUCUCAUUUUUGUCGAUUUUAUAUAUAUAUUUUGUAAUUAUUAUAUCAUAGUUUGGAGUACUUGCUGUAGAAUACAAGCUGUCUUUGCACUAGCUCUAAAGAAGAUUUUCUUCUGGUUUUAGAGAAC